CCUGGGCCCUUUCACUUCAACAAACAGCCUGACAGACACAAUCCCCUUUGAAUCCAUUCAAAGACCAAUCUAAAAUUACCUGUAAUCAUUGCAUCCUACGAAUAAACCUACAAGAAUACUACGAUGGGUCUCUGCAUGUCCCUGAUGGGCCGCAACCGGCGGAGAUACCCCAGUAUGGGCAUGGGCGGUGGCUACGGCUACCCUCCCCCGCGCCCGCACUACGGUGGUGGCUGGGGCAUGCCGAUGCAUUCCUACGGACGACCCCACGGUCCUCCUGGCGGUGGCUUUGGUGGUCGAAGAGGCGGAGGCUUUGGACCGCCUGGUGGGAGAGGAGGAUUUGGUGGGGGAGGAAGAGGGAGAUGGUAGAUUUUGAAGAUAAGGGCUGGAAUGGCGUUAAGAGACACGAGGAUGUAUAAAUGGGACUUUCUGGCGGGCGCACAUCGGAGUUUGGAGUCAGCUGUUUGCAUUUUGGACGUUAUGGACAUGUCGAAGCUGCCUAGACAUGCUUCGUGUGAAAGAUAACGAUGGAGGGUUGGUUCAAUUCACUGCCGUCAAGUCAUCCUCGAGUCAACCGACAGUCCGCAUCGAUUAGAACACAAUACACAUGACAUGGUCUUUACAAUCCUGUGACAUUUCAAAUGGAACAUUUGCGAAGGAUCCAAUGUACUGGACCGAUGAUGGUAUAUAAUACCCUACCUAGACAAUGAACUGUUUGGAACCUGCCGCUCCAGUAACCGUGUCUGGGUCAUUGAUGCCUGUCUC